AUGUCCACCACUCAACGACUUCGAGACCCUACCCACCCCGCCUCCCUUUGUAAACUCUCCACUCAUAACCCCACACUCGUGCACUCUCUGAAGAACAGAGUACGACCAGAGUUCUUCACUCACAUCGCCGAUAAAACCUCUGAGGUUAUCAAGAUCGCACCUGCUGAAGAUGCCGAUGUCAACAUGCUCUCACCUCCUUCCACCCCUACCAAACAACAACAAUACGUUGACCUAAACGGAAACCCAGUUGAGUGGUGGCAAGCGCCAAAAGGUGAAGAGGAUGACUCGAACGCCGACCUCCCAGAUCUCUCAGAGUUCAUCAGAGGUUUGGUAGUUCAAUCAAACGUUCAGAUGCCUACUCUUUCAGUCACUCUCGUCUAUCUUGAGCGACUCAAGGAGAAGCUCCCAACAGUCGCUACCGGUAUGAAAUGCACUCGACACCGAGUAUUCCUCGCUGUUCUCAUAUGUGCCGCCAAAUACCUCAACGACUCUUCUCCCAAGAACAUGCACUGGCAAAAGUACGGAAAAUUCUUCUCUCUCGCAGAAGUCAACUUGAUGGAAAAGCAAUUGCUCUACCUUCUCGACUACAAUCUCCGAGUAGAAGAAUCCGAGCUCAUCGAACACCUUCGAGACUUCUGGAACCCCACCUCAGUCUCCAUCGCUGCUCCUAAAGCUCUUCCCGUACCUACCAUGGAAGUACGAAUGCCAUCUCCCCCUCUCACUCCUACCAACUUGCGAGUCAGUGUCAAUAUUCCUGGACCAAGCAAAUCUACCUUUGUCCCUCCUACACCAGUCGAACAAUCUCUUCCCUCAUCUCAAGCAGCCGCCAUUUCCUCGUGGUCUGCCAGAACAGCGGCGGCUCUUGUACGAAGUCGAUCAGAUGAUGUAUUCCAAGCAUCACCUGCAUCUCAAAGAUCAUCAUCUUACGCCAUGUCAACAUCUUCAUCAUCAACACUCGCACCUUCACCUGCGGGCUACAUGUACCUUGAUGCACCAACACCAGCACUUGCUAGAAGAGACUCAUGUGAUUCAACUUCAUCAGCAUCGACGACACCUGGAGAAGCAUGGGGAGCCAAUUAUGGAUCAUUGGCUGGUGCGAUUGUUCACUCAACAUCGAACGGACAAAUGGCAGUUUCUAAGCCCGGACUUCCAAGAAAAGCUUCAUACACAGCUAAACCUGGUUCCAUCCUUAUUGUCGACACUGCCAUUGCCAGUCCUUCUUCUGUGACUACAUCUCCUACAAGGGAUCUAUUCAAGAAGAUAAGAGCUCCUACCUCUCUUAGAUCAAUUAGGAGACAUGUUCAACUAUAA